AAAUGAUGACAGAUUUUUCAUUAUUUUGGGUGAAAUAACUAACCCUUUAAGCUAUGUGCAUGAACCUGCUUUACAUAUCUCUUUGGCCUCUACCUUUUACCCUAAUACUUUGUUGAUUUAUGAGUGGCAUGACUUUUUUAAAUCUAUAUACUAGGUUAAUAAUUAUACCAGACAGUCCAGCACAUGAGGCAGGAUACUGUUGAUCUCACACUCUCACACUAUCGCUGGCAAUCAUGAGACUUAUAGUCUGUUUCCUUUCUCUGCUCACUGUGUUCGGCCCUGGAAAGUGUGGGAAUAUUUUAGUUUGGUAUACUGAGGGCAGUCACUGGAUCAAUCUGAAGAUUGUGUUGGAAACACUGGUUGACAGGGGACACAAUGUCACAGUGCUGGUGCCUGACGCCUCUCUCUUCAUGAAAGCUAAAAGAUCAGAUCGCUUCUCCUACCAGCCCUUUAACGUGUCCAUGGAUGAACAGGAGAUGCGAGACUUCAUUGAUGAAUUUCUGCAUUUCUCAGUGUAUGAGAUGGAUCAGUUAAACUUACUGCAGAUUCUAAUGAAAUUUUAUGAGUUAGCUUCAAAACAUCAGGCCAUGUCUCUGGCACACUGUGAAGGCAUUCUGAAAUCUCUGGAGUUGAUGGACAAAUUGCGGAAUGGAAAGUUUGAUGUUGUUCUGUCAGAUCCGAUCUAUGCGUGCAGCGAUAUUGUGGCUGAAGAGCUGGACAUUCCCUUGGUUUACACGUUCAGAUUCUCCAUCGCUCACGUUGCAGAGCGGAUGUGUGGUCAGAUACCAGCGCCACCAUCAUAUGUUCCUGGAGCCAUGAGUAAACUCACUGACGAGAUGAGCUUCACAGAGCGAAUCUUCAAUAUGCUGUUCUACCUUUCACAAGAUGCUUUGGCCAUUAUUGCUUGGAAAAAAUUUGACAACUAUUACACUGAAUAUUUAGACGGCAGUCACUGGAUCAAUCUGAAGAUCGUGUUGGAAACAUUGAUUGACAAGGGACACGAUGUCACAGUGCUGGUGCCUGACGCCUCUCUCUUCAUGAAAGCUAAAGAUUCGGAUCGCUUCUCCUACCAGCCCUUUAACGUGUCCAUUGAUGAACAGGAGAUGCGAGACUUCCUUGAUGAAUUUCUGUAUUUCUCAGUGUAUGAGAUGGAUCAGUUAAACUUACUGCAGAUUCAGAAGAAAAUCUUCGAGUUUUCUUACACACUUAUGAAUAUGUCUCUGGCGCACUGUGACGGCAUUCUUAAAUCUCCGGAGUUGAUGGACAAAUUGCGGAAUGGAAAGUUUGAUGUUGUUCUGUCAGAUCCGAUCUACCAGUGCAGCGAUAUUGUGGCUGAAGAGCUGGGCAUUCCCUUGGUUUACACGUUCAGAUUCUCCAUCGCUCACGCUGCAGAGCGGAUGUGUGGUCAGAUACCAGCGCCACCAUCAUAUGUUCCUGGAGCCAUGAGUAAACUCACUGACAAGAUGAGCUUCACAGAGCGAAUCUUCAAUAUGCUGUUCUACCUUUCUCAAGAUGCUUUUGCCAUUUUUGCUUGGAAAAAAAUUGACAACUAUUACACUGAAUAUUUUGGACGACCCACUUCCUAUUGUGAGAUGAUGGGUAAAGCUGAUAUCUGGUUAAUCAGAACCUACUGGGAUUUUGAGUUUCCACGGCCAUUCCUGCCCAACUUCAAAUACAUUGGAGGGCUUCACUGCACCCCUGCCAAGCCAUUACCCAAGGACAUGGAGGAGUUUGUACAGAGCUCAGGGGAUGAUGGGAUUGUGGUCUUCACUCUGGGGUCUUUGAUAGACAAAAUGCCCAAAGAAAUAAGCAACAAGAUCGCCUCUGCACUGGCACAGAUCCCACAGAAGGUCUUGUGGCGAUACGGUGGAGAGAAGCCAGAUACUCUGGGUGAAAACACCAGAAUCUAUAAGUGGAUCCCUCAGAAUGAUUUAUUGGGCCACCCCAAAACCAGAGCAUUUAUCACUCAUGGGGGCACUAAUGGCAUAUACGAGGCCAUAUAUCAUGGUGUGCCGAUGGUCGGGAUCCCCUUGUUCGGUGACCAGCCAGAUAAUUUGGCUCAUAUGAAGGCCAAAGGGGUUGCAGUUGUCAUGGACAACAUCAAGAACAUGCAGCCGCAAGAGCUGGUGGAUGGACUCAAUGCUGUCAUUAAUGACACCUCGUAUAAAGAGAACACUAUGCAUUUGUCCAGGAUUCAUCAUGACAGACCAAUAAAGCCUUUGGAUGAGUCUGUGUUCUGGAUUGAGUUCGUCAUGCGCAAUAAAGGUGCUAAACACCUGCGUGUAGAAGCGCACAACCUUACCUGGUACCAGUACCACUGUCUGGAUGUGUUCGCUUUUCUGUUCACCAUCCUGACUGUAGUCCUCUACGUCUUCUUCAAAUUGUGCAAAUUCUUCAUAAUGCGGUGCUGUUUUAGAUCAAAGCGGAAAAGCAAAAAAGAGUAACAGUUUUUUUGCACUAAACAUUUUGUCUCCACCCGCACCAUGGGAUGUCCUUCUUGAGGUCCUGUAGCUCAAAAAAAUAUCCUAUCAACCCAUCAUUUCCAUCUCUAACUUCAGCUGUCAAUGGGAUGUUCCUCAUUACCUCAUCACUCAACUUUGGAUGGGCUCUCAUUUUACAAUAAAAAACCUGAACGCAGUAAUUCUUAAGUAUAAUAAUUCUUAUUUUCCCCCUUUGUUUCUGUAACCUUGUUUUGAUUGGUUUGAGAUUGUAAGCAACUACUCUUACUGUUUUGAAAUUGUCUAUAUUGUAAAAAGCACUAUACCAAUACAUUUGAAUUGAGUUAUUUAUUUGAUCUAUUUACUUUUGCUGUAGCGUUUGUACUGUGGUUUACUCUUGAAAUUCAAUCUUGUAGCACUAAUA